AAGCAUCAUAAAUUUUUCUCGGCCACUAAGACUGAUUUUUUAUUUGAAGCCAGACAAUGUCACCGACAAGAAACUCAUCAUUUAACUCUCCCUUCUCAUUACCAGCUUCUUUAGAGACUCUUCACUCACAAAAAAAACUGGAGAAAUUUACAUUAUUAAAUUCAAUUCCAGACAGAGAACCAGAAAGAUGUACAUAAAUUGAUAAAUCUUCUUCAAAAACAUCUGUCUUCCUAUCAGAAUCAACAACAUUAUAUGUUGGCAGAAUUCUCUCGAUCACCGUCGAUCUCUCUUACACUUGUUUUUUCUAUUCAUCUCAACCACUGUCAAAAUUCUCUCUAGUAAUUUCGUGUUAUUUCUCACAUCUAAGAAAAAUCUGAGACGAGAAAGAAAAACCAGAAAAUUCUAAAGGUGUAAGCACAUAUCCAAGCUAGCAAGAAGACAAAAACAAGAGAACACAAAUCACGCAUGCGAGUCGAUAAGAAAUUAACUCAAACUCACUAAAAAAUACAAGAGAUGAUCUGAAGAUCUUUAGGGGUUGUUUCUUGAAGUUGUUCAAUUCUGAAGAAUACCAUGCCAUAUGCCGUCAGGGUUAUGACAUGAAUUGAGUUGGGAGUGUGGAACUAAAAUAAUUACAUAAUACGGUUAAGAGAUUUAGAAAACAUCACGGAAGCUCUUCUUGUUUUUUUUUUUUUUUUUUUCAAUUUAGCUUUCUUUGUUCUUAUUAAUUUUUUUAAUAAUUAAUCCAACCCAGAUGGCAACGACCAACGCCAACCGAGCAGACCACCCACCGCCUUUGAGGUCUGUCUUUUGACAUAUUAAAAUACUGUCCUCCACCGUCUCUUAGAUUCUGCACUGAUCGUUAGGGUUUGGUGUGUUUUUCUUCAAUUUCCAGCUUAAGCUUCGUUGUCUAUCUCCACCGCUUCGACUUUCAAACAUUACAAAAUUUUGGAGGAAAACCCUAGAAAGUAUUUCAUCGAUUGGGUGAGAGAGAUAAAUAAAUAAGAAGAUGGAUGAUUACGAGGAGGAGAUGGAGAGAUUUGGAAUGAUUUCGAAGGCCAAUUUAUAGGCGGAGCUCUACUUUAAAAAACAGAAAGAGAAACGCAGAAGGGAGUGAGCGGGAGAGAAUGGAGAAGAAAGCAAAAGGAGUGGGAAAAAGCAAGGAGGCGAAAGAUGGGGGUGUUGGGGAGUUUGAGAAGCAUACAAAGGGAAUUGGGAUGAAGUUGUUGGAGAAAAUGGGUUAUAAGGGAGGUGGACUGGGGAAGAAUCAGCAAGGAAUCGUAGCUCCAAUUGAAGCAAAGAUGAGGCCGAAAAAUAUGGGAAUGGGGUUCAAUGAUUUUAAAGAAGCAUCAGCUAAGUUGCCUCAGUUGCAGGAGACGGAAACUGUGAGCCAAAGCCAGAGUCAGACAGAGGGGAGAAUGAAGGACAGGCGAUGGAUGAAGGGCAUGAAGAAGCAGCAGCAGGAGAAGUAUAUAACAGCAGAGGAGUUGUUGGCAAAUAAGGAAGAACAAGGUUUUGAGGUUUUGCAGAAGGUGAUUGAUAUGCGGGGGCCACAAGUGAGGGUGUUGAUGAAUUUGGAGAAUCUGAAUGCAGAAGAGAAGGCCAAGGAGAAUGAUGUUCCAAUGCCAGAACUUCAGCAUAAUGUGAGGUUGAUUGUGGAUUUGGCAGAGCUUGAUGUACAGAAGAUUGAUAGAGACCUGAGGAACGUAAGGGAGACUGCUAUAAGCUUGCAGCGGGAGAAGGAGAAGUUGGAAACAGAGGCCGCACGCCAGAAGAAGCAACUGGAUAACAUGGAAGAGAUCAUGGGUGUGGUGAGCCGUAUUGAGGAACAGAAGUCUUCAGGAACUUUGACCUUGGAUUCACUUGCAAAGUAUUUCACAGACGACAUAAAGAGGAAAUUUGCAGAUGAUUAUAAGCUUUGCAACUUGACUUGCAUUGCUUGUUCAUAUGCUUUACCUUUGUUUAUUAGAGUAUUCCAGGGAUGGGAUCCUCUUAGAAACCCACUGCAUGGAUUGGAAGCAUUAGAAUUAUGGAAGAGUGUGCUGCAAGGUGAGGAAAGUAGUGAUAUAUGGGAUGAAUCCACGCCUUAUGCGCAGUUAGUAUCAGAAGUAGUUUUGCCUGCUGUAAGAAUAUCUGGAACUAAUACUUGGGAGCCUAGGGACCCUGAACCUAUGCUUAGAUUUUUGGAGUCUUGGGAAAAUUUGUUCCCUGCAUCAGUUGUUCAGAGCAUAUUGGUUAAUAUAGUUAUGCCAAAAUUAUAUAGUGCUGUUGACUCGUGGGACCCUCAUCAGGAAACUGUUCCGAUACAUGUUUGGGUUCAUCCAUGGCUGCCGCUGUUGGGACUGAAAUUGGAGGGUUUGUACCAGAUGAUACGUAUGAAGUUAAGCAUGGGUCUUGAUGCUUGGCGCCCAAGUGAUGCAUCUGCUUACACUAUCUUAUCGCCCUGGAAAACUGUCUUUGAUUCAGCCAGCUGGGAAAGUCUUAUGCGCAGAUUUAUAGUUCCUAAGUUGCAGGUUGCAUUGCAAGAGUUCCACAUAAACCCAGCUAAUCAGAAGCUUGAUCAUUUCUAUUGGGUUAUGUUAUGGGCAUCUGCAAUUCCAAUUCAUCUCAUGGUCGACUUGUUGGAGAGGUUUUUCUUUUCAAAGUGGCUGCAGGUUUUGUAUCACUGGCUUUGUUCAAAUCCUAACUUGCAAGAGGUUCAUAAAUGGUAUGUUGGUUGGAAAGGACUUCUUCCACCAGAGCUUCAGGCACAUGAAAAUAUUCGGUAUCAAUUUACUCUUGGACUCAACAUGAUUGAUCGGGCUAUUGAAGGUAUGGAAGUGGUCCAACCUGGUCUGAGGGAGAAGAUGGCGCAGGAGCAGAGGCAGUUUGAGGUCCAGCAAAGAGCUGCAGCGCAUGCUCAAUAUCGACCUGCAGCUGGCAUGGUUAGGACAACAAAAAUGGAUGGUUUUGGUGGUGAUGCGGUUGAGAUGACUUUGAAAGAAGUUGUUGAGGCACAUGCGCAACAUCAUGGCUUGCUUUUCAAGCCAAAACCUGGCAGGAUGCAUGACGGUCACCAGAUAUAUGGGUAUGGUAACUUAAGCAUAUAUGUGGACCCUAGACAUGAAAGGUUAUAUGUCCAGAAGGAGCAAGAUUGGUUACUUACAAACCUUGAUAAUUUGCCUGAGAUGCAUAAUAGUUCUCUUAAAAAGGGACGCUGAGUCUCAGAGCCUUAAAGAUGUACUAGGAUGUGGGGGGGUCAACGUGGGACUGCGAAACUAGUCAUUCAGUUCGUACAGGCUAUGCAUGAAAUGCAUAGAAGAGGUUUGCUAUUUCUUAUUCUUUGAGCUUGGUGGUGACUGAGAUGGCCUUUUGUUGUAAGGAAUUACAUCACUUUUCCCUAACAUUACCCUCAUGCAAUACUGCCAACUUUUUUUUCAGUGUUACAUUUUCCUGUUAUCUGGUAUCGUAAAUAUUUUGUGCCAUGAUAUUAUUAAUGCUAAUAGGUCUUUUCUAUUAA